UCUGUUCUUUGCAACUUUGUAUUCUUUGAAUUCGUGUUGAAAUCAAUUAGAAAAAUCUUAUUGCGUUUUGGAGUAAAAAUUGAUCUACUUGUGAUAUUUUUAAUAUAAUAAUAUAACAACUAACAAUAAAAAUUUUUUGAAAAUUACAAAGAGUGUAUAAAUAAACAAUAUACAAUAGAGUCAAGUUAUUUUAUGAUAAUAUAAACAAUAAGACAUUAUGGCAUUUUUUGAUAAGAAUUACGAUAAGGAACAUCCGCGUAAUCUCAUUCCGGAAUUAUGUCGACAAUUUUAUCAUCUUGGAUGGGUCACCGGUACCGGUGGUGGAAUAUCUAUCAAACAUGGGGACGAAAUUUACAUUGCUCCUUCCGGUGUACAAAAAGAACGUAUAGCUCCAGAAGAUAUGUUUGUUCAAGAUAUAACUGGAAUUGAAAUUUCAGCUCCACCACCAGAGAAAAAAUUUAAAAAAUCGCAAUGUACUCCAUUAUUUAUGUGUGCAUAUACUGCUCGUAAUGCAGGAGCUGUUAUUCAUACUCAUUCAAAAUUUGCCGUAAUGGUCACGUUAUUAUGGCCUGGAAAGGAAUUUCAAGUAACACAUUUAGAGAUGAUCAAAGGUAUAAGAAAUCAAAAAUUAGGACGAGCUUACAGGUAUGAUGAAAAAUUAAUUGUUCCUAUUAUUGAAAAUACUCCAUUUGAAGAAGAUCUUAAAGAUCGAAUGGCUGAAGUAAUUCAACAAUAUCCAGAGACAUGUGCUGUUUUAGUUCGAAGACAUGGAGUAUAUGUUUGGGGCGAUACUUGGCAGCAAGCGAAAACAAUGACUGAAUGUUAUGAUUAUUUGUUUGAUGUUGCGGUACAAAUGAAGCAAGCUGGUAUAAAUCCACUUCUUAUUCCUGAAGAGUAUGAAUUAAAACAUCAGAUGAAUGAAAAUAGUUAAAAUGCAAAUUUAAUUUUUUUUUUAAACUGAUCAUUUAACAAUGAUAAUCUGCACACAGAGUAAAAAAAUAUUUUAUAUUUUUAUGUACAUAUUUUAGAAAAGAAUAAAAUUACGAAUCA